GGCAGAGACAGAGAGAAGAUAUGGUCUCUUCUUCUUCAGGGGAUUGACUGAUCUUGACACCGGUGGAACCAAAGGCACUGGAAGGAUGGUGCAAAUUAUUCCAGAGAGUGUGGGAAAACUAUGGAGCGAAUGGAACGUUAGGGUAAUGGUUGUAAGCAGCCUAUGCUUACAAAUCCUGCUAAUACUCUUUGGAAAUCGACGCAAGUACAUUUCAAAACCUUGGAUCAGAAUUGUCACUUGGACAGCAUACUUAUCAGCAGAUUGGGUUGCAACUGUUGCCCUCGGCAUGGUAUCCAGCUUUCAAGGAGAAAAUAAUGAUCCAGAAAGUUCCACAAAUUCAAACAGCAGCCAAAUCCUGAUGGUUUUGUGGGUACCCUUUCUUCUGCUUCACCUUGGCGGCCCACACACCAUCACUGCUUACUCAUUGGAGGACAAUGCGCUCUGGCUGAGGCACCUCUUGGGCUUACUUGUGCAGGUUGGAACGGCUUUAUACAUCUUUUUGCAGUCAUGGACAGCAAGCCAGUACCAGCUCCCCUCACUAGCAAUACCGAUUUUUGUUUCAGGAAUUAUCAAGUAUGGGGAGAGGACUUGGGUCCUGCGUUCUGCAAGCAGUGAGAGAUUUAGGGAGCUGUUGCUCCCACCCGCUAAACAAAGUGAUUAUGCUGAGUUUGCCACUGAAGUUAUUUCCAAAAAAAAUCGGGGAGAGCCUGCAGCUUUCUCUAUGGUCCCUGAACCUCCAUUUGUACCUGGAGUUCGUCCCACUAUUGCUGAAGCCAAACCUCUCCAUGAAGCCUAUCAAUUAUUCAAAAUCUUGAAGCGUCUCUAUGCGGAUUUGAUCCUUGAUCAUCAUGAGGAACGAUGGUUACAUGAUCAGCGACCAUCCAUUCGAUUACGUCUUCAAACUACUGGAGAUUGA